AUGGAGAUCGCCAAGGAGAUACCGCCUAACCUCUACAUCGGUCACUUCAAAGCACGCUUGUACUAUGAAGGUUUGAAGAAUAGAUGUUUCUAUUGCAAACUGGAAGGACACAUCAAGGUCAACUGCCCGAAGAUAGCGAGCUUGAAGUCUUCGACACCAGCCGGAUCGUUCAGUGCCAUCGUCGCAGGGGCGAUCGCAGCCAACGCAACUGAUCUCACACUAUCAACCGACAUGACCACGCUGACACCACAAAACAAGCCACCAAUACAACCGCGCGAUCCCGAUCGCGGAAUUUCGCCGACGCCGGAAGAAGCAGACGACGACAACGAGAUGGACGACGACGAUGAAGAUGAGCGAGAGGAGGAAUCCGGCGCUGACGAAUCGCCCGAUCUCGGCGGCGACAAGCAUCGUAAGCCCCGAAGUAGUUCACGCAACGUACUCGAGCAGUUGGAGAACCGUUCUCGCUCUCGCAGCCUGAUCCGGCCUGAAGGUACUGGGGGAAACGGGGGGAAGAAUGGGAAAGAGGGGAAGGGUGGAAAGGGGGGAAAGGGGGGGAAGGGAAGGGGUCGACCACGCAAGUAG